CGUAUGCUUUAAUUUCACACGUAUCCCUAUUGGCCCGUUGCGUUGCAGGAAGUGGGAUCGCAGCUUGCCGGCUUUCAGCAUCUUUGUGCCGACGCCCAAGGCUAACUUCACUGACAUAACCGUGGGUGAGAUGGGCGACUCGUUCCUGCAGAACUGGCACAACGCGUGGCUGUCGCGCACUGACCACCGUGGCAUCGACAUCAAGAUUGCCAUCACGGCCAUCGAGACCAUGGCCUUCUCUGCGGACGUCGAGUAUCUCAAGGACUUCGUCUUGCUGCCCUAUGUCUUCUCUUUCCCCUACUACGACAUGCACGCGAUUUCGCCACUCAACUACGGCGGGUUUGGCGCUCAGGUGGCCUUUGCCGUGGGACAGAGGUUCCACAACACGUAUCUGAGCGCGGGCGUCGGUGGGGCCUCGUUCAGCACAUUCCUGUCGUGCAUCUCGAACCGCUCGCUCUCCGCCGAGCGCACAGACGCGGCCUCGUUAUUUGCCGAGGUCGUUUCCCUGGGUGCCCUGGUAGACGCGUAUCGCAACGUCAGCGAUAACCAGCGCCUCGUCCUCCUGGAGCACUUGACGGGCGAGCAGCUGCUCUUCAUCGCCAUCUGCUACGCCAAAUGCAUCGGCAGCUACUACAUCGUCAGUGAUUCGAUGUGCGAUGUGGCGCUGCAGAACGUACCGGAAUUCUCCGAGGCCUUCGGAUGCACGCCGGGCACUCCCAUGAACCCGCACCAACGGUGCAAGCUCUUGUGAUCGCGGCUUCUUGCCUGCGGUCGCAUGUCGUGGUAUGAUAUGAAGUGCGAUAAAGACAAAUCCUGCAAUACGUUUUGCAAUUGUUGAACUCGUGACAGUGGAUUUCGUUUAUGAUGAGCCUUGCCCUUAUUGAGAACACGGCUGGUGUGUGCAUGAUUGCUGCGGUGAUAAUUGUAACGCAACUGUGUUUCGUGUACGAGUGCGUGUAAAUGUAUAUUCCCAUUUGCUGGUAUCGUAAGCUGCCUGGCAUCUUAAAAUGAGUCGCGCGAGCUGAACGUGCUGAAAUAUUUAGAUGCAGCGCAACCUUCGCGCAAGAAUUCCAAAUAAAC